GAGAGAUCCGAUGGAUUCUCCCCCCUCGGCACCAUGGCAGCCGUCGCUCCCCCCCGCCCGGCCGGCCGCCGGCGCAUGCCGCGGCACCACCACCGUCAAGACCGAGACGGAGACGACCGCCGCCAGUCCCCGACAAAGGCAAGGAACCUACUGAACCCCUCUCUCUCCAGACUGCUGCAUUGACCGGACCCCUCGGCGCGCGUCAACGAGGGCCCCCGCGCGCCCGCCUGCCCGCGCCGCGCAAUACCUUGGCCGCAAAGAAACCGAAACGCCCGUGUAACUUCCGGGAUCCCCACGCCCACGUCCGCGUCCACUACCCGUGGACUGACCAACCGACCGAUACACGGGCCACUUCCAAGCCGGCCGACGGUUGCGGCGUCCUCGCCCCGCGGGCUUCCGGCAGGAUCCUCCAGGCAGCCAGGCCAUGUCCGGCCCCGGCGCGGACGCGGCGGCGCCGAGCGACGGCGCCGAGCAGCUGCGGGCGUACCGGGAGGCGGCGCGGCGGCGGCUGCGGGAGCGCGUGGGUGCGAUCGCGCGCGGCCCCGUCCGGGCGCCGCUGGCCGACGUGCUCCGGGACCACGCGCUCGUGCACCUCCCGCCGGCCGCCGCCGCGCGCCUCCGCCUCGUGCACCCGUCCUGGGCGCGGGUGCUCGCGUCCCCGCUCUUCGCCGUCGCGCACGCCGCCGCGCCGCGCCGGGGCUCGGGGCUCUUCGUCGCUGCGGCGCCCGACGACCCAGGGCUCCUGUUCCUCCCCCUGGACGCCGCCGACACGGUGCCGUCCCCGCCCCUCGCGUUCCUCCCGGCCUCGUCGCCCCCCGCCGUGCUCUCCUCGUCGCACGGGGUCGCGUGCUGCUUCUCCCCCGCCGACGACGCCUACUUCGUGUGCAACCCGGCGACGGGGUCCUGGGAGGGCGUCCCGUGCCCGCCGUGCCGGAUCACCUGGCCCCGCCCCGCCAUCGUCGUCGUCUUCGACGCCAGCGUCUACAACUUCGGCGGCGACUUCACGCUCGUCUGCGCCUUCGAGUCCGCGCCGGGCUCCGGCAUCUACUGCUUCGCGGUGUUCACAUCCGUGACCGGCGCGUGGUGGGUCGCCGACGCCGUCGCGCCCGCUGAGGGGCUCAUCCCCGCGUCGGGGGUGGCGGCCGGCGGGGUGGCGUGGUGGCGGACGACCAUCGGCACCGCGGUCGGGUACAGCCCCGCCACCGGGCGCGUCGAGCUGGCCGUGUGCCCCGGAGACAGCGCCCACUGGGAGAUCGGCUCCGCCGCGGGCAGGCUCCACUGCGCCGUGCUCGCCGCCGACGACGUCGUGGUGUUCCGGCUGGACGGGCACGGUGGCUGCUGGGAGGUGGCCGCGACGGUCUCCGUCGCGGAGAUAUUGCAGCAGCGGCGACCCUGGCAACCGGAUAGCUCCUCCGACGAGGAGGCGGGGAAUCGGGCAGAGCAGGAUCGCACGGGGGCGAUCACUGCCGCGGCGGGCAGGUUUCGGAUGCCGCGCGACGACGUGCGGCUGCUGCCGUUCCAGGGCACGGAGGUGGAGGUGGUGCUGCUGGCCGGCAGGCGCGUGGUGGCGUUCGACACGGCGAGGCGGCGGCGGCGCGAGGCCCUCCUGCCGGAACAGCCGGCCGGCGCUGACUGGGGCGCGGCGGCGUACGCCGUGCACACCAACACGCUCGCGCAGGUCGCGCGCGUGGUGCUCAUGGAGCCUCCGGACGAUCAGGAGGUCGCAUCGCCAUCGUAGCUUGUUGAGCGGAAUCUUCAGUGCCCGGCGUGCGUUUGCUUUACUGAUGGUGCUAAGGUCUAGAGAAUAAUCAAGCUCGUUCUUGCGCAUGAUUUCGUUGGAGAAAUCAACUGUCAUCUGAGCUGCUAGUUGUACAUCAUCAACCCGAACCUGCUUCUUGUGCUAUAUUUGUGUGGCAAUUUUUGCGCAAAUUAUUCACACCAAAGUUCAAUUUGA